GCCAAAUUUGGACAAAAAAAUCUAAGUCCCAAACUGUGUGGGCCUUUUGAUGUGAGCGACGCGGGGACUUUGCCAUUUUGUUUUUGUUCUUUGCCCACACGCAUUUACCUAGCACGAACUGCUGCUAUUUAAAGAACGAAUCUCAGUUCACGAGCGUUUCCCUCCAGUGAGAGACUUUUGGCAGUUCAAUUGGUUCACACCUUACGCAGCAAGCCCGCAAAACGACUAGUGUCGUAAUGUCAGACAGCGAGGACGAUGUACCAUUGAGAGUUCGCCGAACAGUAGCCGUAAAAAAGGAACCUGGCUCACGACCGUCAACCAUUGACGAUGGUGACAGCGAUUCAGACGUGCCUCUUGCGCGACGCAAAAAGACAAGCGGUGCAACUGCUGGAAAGGCUGCUUCAGACGCCAAGAAUACCCAAAAUGGAAGAGGUCAGGCUGGCUCGAAAGCACCGCCGAAGAGAUUAAGUAAGGAAGUGGGCUCAGACAGUGAUUCCGACGUGCCUCUGUCCAAAAGGGUAAAGACAGAACGUCCUGGGAAGAAAAGUCCUGCAGUAAAGCAGGAGAAGACAAAUGGAAAGGUGACGCCGAAGCGUAAACGGGCCGCCCAGUCAGCAGAUUCUGGUGCCGAGAUGGACGACAAGAAAACACAGAAGAAAUCACGUAAGCGGGAAGCAUCAGCCACCGCUUCGCCCGGAAAGAAGACCAAGGAAGAAGAGGAGGACGAAGAGGAAGAGUACAAAUGGUGGCUUGACCAGGAGAAAGACAAUUCAAUAAAGUGGACGACAUUAGAUCACAAUGGUCCUAUGUUUCCACCUCCUUACGAGCCGCACGGUGUCAAGAUGAAGUAUAAGGGAAAACCCAUCGAUUUGGAACCGGAAGCUGAGGAGGUGGCCACUUUCUUUGCUGGAGUUCUCGGCACAGAUUGGGGAGACAAUCCAAUAUUCCAAAAGAACUUCUUUGCAGACUUCCUUACCAUACUGAAGCGACAAAAGAAGGCUUCCCCUAUCAAAGAGUUCAGCGAAUGCGAUUUUUCGCCGAUCGCAGAGCACUUGCAACAAGAAAAGGAAAAAAAGAAAGCCAUGUCCAAGGAAGAGAAGCUGAAACUAAAAGAAGAGAAGGCUAAGCUGGAUGAAAAAUAUGGGUGGGCAUAUCUGGAUGGACGCAAAGAGAAAGUUGGAAACUAUCGAAUAGAACCUCCUGGGCUCUUCCGUGGUCGUGGAGAGCAUCCUAAGACUGGUACUCUCAAGCUGCGCGUCCAACCCGAGCAAGUCACGAUCAACAUUGGGAAGGAUGCACAAGUACCAGAACCUCCCGCAGGGCAUAAGUGGGCUGAUGUCAUUCACGACAAUACAGUUACCUGGCUUGCCAUGUGGAAGGAAAACGUCAAUGAAUCUAUCAAAUACGUGUUCCUCGCAGCGACAUCAUCAUUAAAAGGACAAAGCGAUAUGAAGAAGUUUGAGAAAUCGCGAAAUUUGAAGAGUCACAUCCACAGAAUCCGUAAAGACUAUACUGCGGAACUUAAAGACAAGCAGAUGGCGAUCCGACAGAGGGCUACGGCCAUGUACUUGAUUGAUCGUCUCGCUCUUAGGGCUGGUAACGAAAAGGGCGACGAUGAGGCUGAUACAGUCGGUUGCUGUUCGCUACGAUUCGAACACAUCAGUUUAGAGCCCCCAAACAAAGUCAUCUUUGAUUUCUUGGGUAAAGAUUCUAUCCGAUACUACAACGAGGUUCAGGUGGAUGACCAAGUAUUCAAGAAUCUGAAGUUGUUCAAAAAGCCGCCAAAGACCGAUGGUGAUCAGCUGUUUGACAGGAUUAACACGGGAGUUCUCAACAAGCAUUUGACCACCUAUAUGGCUGGACUCACAGCAAAAGUAUUCCGUACAUACAACGCGUCGCAUACUUUCCAAGAAGAGCUGAAAAAGACUCCCGUGGACGGCACCGUAGCCGAGAAGGUCUUGGCGUAUCAGCGCGCCAAUCGACAGGUUGCCAUUCUUUGUAACCAUCAGCGCGCUGUAUCCAAAGGACAUCAUGGCCAGAUUGGUCGCAUUCAAGACAAGAUACGCGCAAUCAAGUAUGAGCGCUUGCUUGUAAAGCGAGAGAUGCUAGAUCUCGAUCCCAAACUCAAGAAAAAGCGCCCCGAACUCGCACAAGACGAAAGCGAUAUUGAUGAUGAAUUCAUUGAAAAGCAUAAAGUAUUCCUGGAAGAACAGGAGAAAGAGAAGGCUAGAAAGAAGCUAGAGAAAGAAAAUGAGAAGCGGGCGGAGCAGGGUAAAUCUCCUCUUACCGAAGCGCCGAUACCAAGGAAGUCGGCACUCACGAUGGAGAAAUUGGAAAAAAAAUAUGAGCAACUUACUGAUCGCAUCAAAACGCAAAAGAUGUUGUUGAUAGAUAAGGACGAGAACAAGACAACUGCGCUCAGCACAUCGAAAAUUAACUAUAUAGACCCGCGUAUAUCGGCAGCGUGGUGUCACAAGUAUGAUGUGCCGUUGGAAAAAAUUUUCAACAGAACUUUGAGAGAGAAGUUCAAAUGGGCGCUGGAUGUCGACAAGGACUGGCAAUUUUAGUAUCUACCGACGUGUGACAUUUCUUCAGUAAAUACAAUAGUAAUGCUGGUGGAUGCAAGGCAGAGAAUGACGUCUCGUCGGUCAUAUUUAAGUUGCGUGAAAACAGAAACAUUUGGGAAAGGUUUCAUCCCACGCUACAAAAUCAUAGCCCGAAUGCACACGGAACCCUUCUUGAAAGUUUAACAACACAUCCAAACAGUCAACUGGAAACGCUGCAUGAAUCAAAUCAUCCCGGUGUUUAUCCCACUCCGGCUUAUGUUGGAUAGCCGGCGCAUUAGACAAUAACUG